AUGGGUGAACGUUUUCCACGCGGGACGCUAUUAAGGACACACAUGAACUUUGAAGAAUUGACGAAUGAUGUCUGUCAAAACAAGCGCCAAUCAAAACAAGCUCCGAUUCGUCCUGACCACUUGUAUCCUCAAAAUGCUGCCGGUUCGAAGAAGCGAGUUAUUGUGAACUUAUCGGCACCACCAGAUCUAAAUAUGCGUGUCGUCAAAGACAAGGGCUAUGCUGACUUGAAGCGCAAAAGACUGAAGUUCCGGAUGAGCGAACAGGUAAAAUGCUUCAUCACUCAUACAACAGUUGCGCCCGGGAAUAUCAGAACGAUUGACAAAUUGGUUCCCAACACUGCAUUCCGUCGUCACUUCUAUGCUUAUGAUGAGCAAGAUAUUUACGCCAAUGAACCGGAACUCUCUUGCGCAGUUUGCCGCGCAAAGGUAUUGAAAAAAUUCCUGGAACUCCAUGCGUGGAUGCAUCUUUCGUGGGUGGUUCAGGUAGGCGAUCGGCAUCCUUUCCAGUGUACACGCUGUGAAUUUGCUGCCUUCCGCAUUCCAGAUGUCUUAUGCCAUACCAAAGAGAUACACGGUAAUGUGGACGCAAAUCUGUUCAUCCCAACUGUACCACACGAAAUUUUGCAAUUUUUUUUAAAAAAAGUUCUGGAAUGCUUUCCACCUAUGAAUUAUUCUAAUGUAUAA